UUGGUACUUUUGAAUUUUACAUCGAAAGAGACGCUAUAUUCUAUAUCUCACUUCCCGAUCUGUUUCGAUCCGCCAUUUUUUUACGUAGGAAAGCGUGUGGUUUAGCAUUGUGUUUUGUCGAAUUGCUUUACGGAAAUACUGACUUGGGGUCACUACAUACUUCGAUUCUCGCGCACCAGCGGACGCAGCAAGUGAGACGCCAUUGUUAGAUUGCGUUCUCUUGUGUAAAGUUGUGUGUCUAAUAUCAACGUUGGUUAAAUUAUUCGUUGAAAGUAGCACGCAAUAAUCUUCGGUUCUAAGACGAGCCGAAAAUGCCGGGUUUUAGUAGUGUUGGCACAUUCAAAAUUUUCAUCGGUAAUUUAGCCGAUAAAACAACAAAUGCUGAUAUUAAACCGUUAUUCGAAAAAUAUGGAAAGGUUGUAGAAUGUGAUGUGGUGAAAAAUUACGGAUUUGUGCAUAUGGAAAACGAAGAAGCAGGAAGAAAUGCAAUACAAAAUUUGAAUGGACAUAUAGUUCAUGGUCAGGAGAUUAAAUGUGAAGCUGCAAAGAGUCGUAAAGGACCUAACACACCUACAACAAAAAUAUUUGUUGGCAAUCUCACAGAUAAUACAAAAGCGCCUCAAGUGCGCGAACUAUUUGCCAAGUACGGUACUGUUGUAGAAUGCGAUAUCGUGAGAAAUUAUGGAUUCGUCCAUCUAGAAGCAACAGGUGAUGUCAACGAUGCCAUCAAGGAACUCAAUGGAAGAAUGGUGGAUGGUCAAGCGAUGAAGGUUCAAAUUUCUACAAGCAGAGUACGACAAAGGCCAGGAAUGGGAGAUCCUGAACAGUGCUAUCGAUGCGGUCGCGGCGGCCAUUGGUCCAAGGAGUGCCCGAAAGGAGGAAUGGGAGGAGGACCAGAUAGAAACGGAUACAGAGACCGAAUGUUUGGACGCGAUCCGUAUCCUCCACCGCCGCCACCACCGUUCCUUCGGGAUCGGUUAAUGGGUGGUGGCCGCUUUGGAGAUUACGAAAGCUACUAUGACAGGAGAGGCUUCGAGGACACCAGGGAUCUCUACGAGAGGCGGUUUACGGGUAUGACAGGGCCCUGUGACAUGGGAAGUUCCAUGUGCGGGCUUGACUUUCCACCAAUGACAAUGCCACCUCUACCCCCAAGACGAGACCCAAUGCCUCCUAUGCCUCCUCUAGGUAUGGGAUCCAUGCGCGACACUGGCUUCUCCCGUGGUAACGAGUAUGGCAUGUUCAGCCGCCGAUCGCCCCCUCCAAGUGGCAACAAUGGCCGGUUCAGCGCUCCUUAUUACGUACAUCACUCAACCGGGAGUGGCGCGGAGGCCUGGGAUGAAGAAACGUUCCUAAGGAAUGCGAACUAGAUUUCUUGAUCGCACUACCGCGAGCCAGGAUGCGAUCCUACAAUUCUAACAAACUCUCGUACGCUGUAGAUAGAAAAGAAAAGAAAAGAAAAGAAAAGAAAAGAAAAGAAAAGAAAAGAAAAGAGAUGAGAUGAAAUGAAAAAAGGGCUGGCGCGAUUUUCAGGAACGGCGCCUAUCGAUUAUCUUUGAAAUGUCUCGUAAGUAGAAACCAGCUUUCCAGACGCAUUGGACAGUAAGUUUGUAUAUCGGCGUUUGUAAUAGUUGUUAAGGCCAAAUUCAUAGAUACGCUUCAAAAACAUCUUAUUAUUUUGUGUAUCAGUUUUAAUGUAUUUUUAAUUCAAAUAAUGCUUUAAAGUUUUUCAAUCGCAAUUUUUGAGUAAUCAAUAAAUAGAUAAUGUAAUUCAUGAAAUGUAUCUCGGAAAGAUACAGCGUCAAAAAUAAUUUUGAAUUAUACAAA